AUGAAGCCAACCAUCGUAUCUUCGCUGUUGGCUCUUGCUUGUGCUGGCGUAGCUACCGCGCAUGGCGGCGACUUGCUCAACCAGGGCUGUCGUCCCAUCGCAAAGCGCUCGCUGGAUCUGCAGAGGCGCCAGCUCACCCAGUCCGGCGGCGAGGGUCAGACCGUCACCGCUGGCGGUGGCGCGUCUGCUGCUCGCUACAGCUGCGAUCCCAACACCUGCAAGCUUCCCAAAUGCCAUUGCGCCGACACUAACCCCCCCGGUGGCCUCGAUCCCAAGGAUGUGCCUCAAUUCAUCGUCUUUACCGCCGACGAUGCUGUGCAGGACUACACCAUCAACUCGGUCAACCAGUUCCUUGCUCAACGCAAGAAUCCCAACGGCUGCACGCCGGUCAUGUCGUACUAUGUCUCGCUCAACUACACCAACUAUGCCCAAGUCACCGAGCUGUACGUCAAUGGAAACGACGUUGCCGAUCACACCAUGACCCACCAGGAGCAGCCCGCCACCAAUGCCGAGAUUGACGGCAACCUCAUCACACUCAAUGCACUCGCUGGAAUCCCGUACAAAUCCAUCAUCGGAUAUCGCGCGCCGUUCCUCAACUACAGCCGCGCCAACUUGGAGCACCUGGCCAACACUGGAUUCACCUACGACUCGAGUUCCACCGCCUCGGUCCCUGUCACGGACCCCAACACGGACGCCUUUUGGCCAUACACACUCGACAACGGCAUGGCAAACGACUGCAGCUCGGUAGCUGACAUUUGCGGCGGUCAACCCAAGCUGCCUGGCUUCUGGGAAAUCCCCAUGUAUGCCAUCUUUGACCAGCGUGGAGCUGCGGGCGCCCACUUGAUGGACCCUUGGCUCGACUCUUCCAACGCCUCCGACGUUCUUUCGUGGAUGAAAAACACCUUUACGGACCACUACAACGGCAAGCGACAGCCGUUCGGCGUCUACACGCACCCCAUCCAUCUCGCCAAGGGCUACCCUGGACUCACCGACCCCGUCGACCAGAUCAACAUGCUCAACGAAUUCCUCGACUGGGCCACCACGUCGGCCGACAUGCAGAACGUUUGGAUCAUCAGCAACAAGCAGCUCAUGGCGUGGAUGCAGAACCCUGUGCCCGCGAGCCAGCUCAACACGCUCGACGCCUUCAAGUGCCAGAAGCCCAACGCGGGACACAUCUGCAACGGAUUCCAGGAAAACAACGACUUGCUGGAACACUGCAUCUCCAACACGGCGGGCGAUGCGCUCAACAACUCGCCCUUCUAUACGUGCUACGGAUGCCCCGUCACGACGCCGUCGCCUCAGCAGCCUAACCCGCCUCAGAAGAACAACGAUAAGUCGGUUCGCACGCGCAUCCCAGCCAACUGCGAUACGGCCUUCUGGGAUCCUAUCAAUGCCAGGUGUACUUGCAAUGGUUCGGGCUGCGCAUUCGACGAUUCGACGCGCCCGAUCGGACCCAACGGCUCCAACUUGACUUCCAGCGGCUCGUCCAACACGGGUUCGUCGUCGGGCUCUUCUCCCAGCGCUAGCUCGGACCCGUACAGGACGUUUGGCAGUGGCGCUGGUCGUACGACGUCGUCGAGCGUGUUUGGAUGGGCCGCCUCUGUUGUGGCGGCUGCAGUAGGUGGUGCCAUGAUGGUCUUCAUCUGA